AUGGCUCGUGGCCCCGCUCGGACCGGUCCGAGGCUGGAGCCCCCGCUGCUGCCGCUGCUGCCGCUGUUUCUGCUGCUGCUCCGGGACGCAGGCGGCAGCCACACGGCCCCUGCCUGGUCCGCGGCCGCCGACGGCCUGCGAGGGGACGAGGACCCGCAGCCGUCCCCGGGGGACGCGGCCGCCACACUGGGCCCUGGCGCCCAGGACAUGGUCGCUGUCCACAUGCUUCGGCUUUACGAGAAGUACAGCCGGCGGGGCGCACGGCCUGGAGCGGGCAACACGGUCCGCAGCUUCCGUGCCCGGCUGGACGUGGUCGACCAGAAGGCCGUGUAUGUCUUCAAUCUGACGUCCAUGCAGGAUUCGGAGAUGAUCCUCACGGCCACCUUUCACUUCUACUUGGAGCCGCAGCGGCGGUGGCCCCCGGCGCGCGGACUGGCCGCGGGCCCGCCGGCGCGCCCACACCUGCUCCUCCGCAGCCUCCCGCACAACGCGGCCACGCAGGGGCUGCUCCGCGCUGCCCUGGCCCUGGCGCCGCCGCCGCCGCCGCGCGGCCUCUGGCAGGCCCGGGACAUCUCAGCCGUGGUGCAGGCGGCCCGCAGAGACGGUGAGCUGCUCCUGUCCGCGCAGCUCGACCCCGGGGACAAGAGCCCAGGCCUGCACAGGCCCGGCGCCCACGCGCCCUACAUCCUCGUCUACGCCAACGAUCUGGCCAUCUCGGAGCCCAACAGCGUGGCCGUGACCCUGCAGCGAUACGACCCCUUCCAGGCCGGGGACCCCGAGCCGCGCGCGGCCCCCAACGGCUCCAGCGACCCCCGCGUGCGCCGGGCGGCCGCGCAGGCCUCCGGGCCGCUGCACGACAACGAACUGCCCGGGUUGCACGAGAGGCGGGCGCCGGCCGCCGCGCACGGCCCGCGUCACCACAAGCACGAGCUGUGGCCGGGCCCCUUGCGAGCGCUGAGGCCAAGGCCGGGGCGCAGGGACCGCCGCAGGAAGGGCCCGGAGCUGUUCGCCGCCGCCGCCUCCUCGCAGGUGCUGGACUUCGACGAGAAAACGAUGCAGAAAGCCCGCAGGAGGCAGUGGGAUGAGCCCCGGGUCUGCUCCCGGCGGUACCUCAAGGUGGACUUCGCAGACAUCGGCUGGAACGAGUGGAUCAUCUCACCCAAGGCCUUCGACGCCUACUACUGCGCGGGCGCUUGCGAGUUCCCCAUGCCCAAGGUCGUCCGUCCGUCCAACCACGCCACCAUCCAGAGCAUCGUCAGGGCCGUGGGUGUGGUGCCCGGAGUGCCGGGGCCCUGCUGCGUCCCCGACAAGAUGAGCUCCCUCGGGGUGCUGUUCCUGGACGAGAGCCGGAACGUGGUUCUGAAGGUGUACCCCAACAUGUCCGUGGAGACCUGCGCCUGCCGCUAA